CUUGACUCAGUGAUGUAAACGAGUUGGAAAUGUGGCGACAAAAGUGGUGAUUUUUUUUCAUUUUUUUUUUGUUCUUGGCCUGGAAUGUCUCCACCUCCUCAUGUUUCUGGGUCAGUUGAGUACAACACGCAACAGGCAGGGCGGAACUGCAAGAGUGCGUCGAAGCGAGGUGGACGUUUGGCUCUGAGUUCUGACACCCAAGUCGAAGUUUAAGCGUGGUGACGUGCUUGGCCCUUUCUUUUUGACGUGCCCCGAGUACUCACGGACAUUGUCGUGGCUUGUUUAAAAGGCAGUUUGGGGUUCCGUUUGAACUUCUUUGACGAUUUUGCCCUCGACUUUUUUUUUCUGACGACAAGGGAGGCGACGGAGGCAGCUCUCGGCAGCCAUCUUUGGACCUGCCUUGCCUGGGAGUGGGAUUCGACCAUUCUGGCAACCUCAGUCACUUCCAAGGGUGUGGAUUGCUUUUCCUUUUUUUUUCUUUUUUUUUUUACGUAAAUAAAACCAGUCGUCUUCAUGUGGACGUAGAUUGACAGCGCGGAUCACUGCAAUAAUCUGACACGGUAAUUCUGCUACCGGGCUAGGGGAUGAGCAGCGAAGGAACACGAUUUUUUGGGGGGUGAAAAGUGUUUUGAAUUUCACGACAUUUCUCCAGCAGCGCCUGAGAGCUGGCCUGUCAGAAGAGGUGGUGACCACAUAUGACACAACUGUCCUGCAGAUGAGCCAUUGGUGGGGGCUUUUUAGUCGCUGUCGCAGACCCACAUAGUUUGGCGGCAGUGGCACCCCCACCAUCUCCCCAAUAUGCCCAACAGCAGUCGGACGGGGAGCCUUAAGGACCCCGAAAUUGCUGAGCUCUUCUUCAAGGAAGACCCAGAGAAGCUCUUCUCAGACCUGCGUGAGAUAGGACACGGCAGCUUUGGCGCCGUUUAUUUUGCACAGGAUGUGCGAACAAGUGAGGUGGUGGCCAUUAAGAAAAUGUCCUACAGUGGAAAGCAGUCCAGUGAGAAAUGGCAAGACAUAAUUAAAGAAGUGAAAUUCCUACAGAGAAUACAACACCCAAACAGCAUCGAGUACAAAGGAUGUUAUCUGCGAGAGCACACUGCUUGGCUGGUGAUGGAGUACUGUUUAGGGUCUGCUUCAGAUCUGUUAGAGGUGCACAAGAAACCACUACAAGAGGUUGAAAUUGCUGCAAUUACCCACGGUGCUCUUCAAGGUUUGGCCUAUCUUCACUCCCACAACAUGAUUCACCGAGAUAUCAAGGCAGGAAACAUCUUGCUGACAGAGCCAGGCCAGGUCAAACUUGCUGAUUUCGGCUCGGCUUCUAUCGCCUGCCCUGCCAACUCCUUUGUUGGGACGCCAUAUUGGAUGGCUCCAGAGGUGAUAUUGGCUAUGGACGAGGGCCAGUAUGAUGGAAAAGUGGACAUCUGGUCUCUGGGAAUAACCUGCAUUGAAUUGGCUGAGAGGAAGCCUCCACUGUUUAAUAUGAAUGCAAUGAGUGCCUUAUACCACAUAGCACAGAAUGAGAGCCCCAUGCUGCAGUCCAGUGAAUGGACUGAUUAUUUCAGAAACUUUGUAGAUUCUUGCCUUCAGAAGUGUCCCCAAGAUAGACCAAACUCUGAGGAGCUUUUAAAGCAUGCGUUUGUCCAGCGUGAGCGUCCCGAAUCGGUUCUAAUAGACCUAAUAAAUCGGACAAAAGAUGCAGUGCGAGAGCUGGACAAUUUGCAGUAUCGCAAAAUGAAGAAGAUUCUGUUCCACGAAGCGCACAAUGGUCCCACAAUUGAAGCUCCGGAUGAGGAGGAGGAGCCAGAACACACAGUGGGCAGAACUGGAACAGUAAACAGUGUGGGGAGCAACCAGUCUAUUCCCAGUAUGUCCAUCAGUGCCAGCUCCCAGAGCAGCUCAGUCAACAGCCUGACGGAUGCCGGUGACGAUAAAGGAGAGGUGGACAUGGAGGGAGACCACACCGUUAUGUCUAACAGCUCUGUCAUACAUCUCAAAACGGAAAAAUCAGCGUACAAGAAAGAUUCAGAACCUCACGUUCGAUCAACUGAGCCUCAGUCGCAAUCUACCAACACCCCAAGGCCAAAACGGAACCGAGAACACUUUGCGACAAUACGCACAGCUUCAGUGCUCACACGGCAGAUUAAGGAGCAUGAACAGGACUCUGAAUUAAGGGAGCAAAUCUUGGGCUAUAAGCGCAUGCGGCGGCAGCACCAGAAACAGCUGAUGGCCCUGGAGAACAAGCUAAAAGCAGAGAUGGAUGAGCACCGACUCCGUCUGGAUAAGGAGCUGGAGAACCAGAGAAACAGCUUUGCUCAGGAGAUGGAGAAGCUGAUCAAGAAGCACCAAGGGUCCAUGGAGAAGGAUACAAAAGCCUUUAGCAAUGAUGAGAAGAAAUUUCACCAACACAUCCAGACCCAGCAAAAGAAGGAACUCAACAGCUUCCUCGAGUCGCAGAAACGGGAAUACAAACUCCGCAAAGAACAACUGAAAGAGGAGCUGAAUGAAAACCAAUCUACACCCAAGAAGGAAAAGCAGGAGUGGUUGUCCAAGCAGAAGGAGAACUUCCAGCACUUCCAAGCAGAAGAGGAGGCAAACCUGCAACGCCGGCAAAGGCAAUAUCUAGAAUUGGAGUCUCGCAGGUUCAAACGGAGGAUCUUGAUCGCUCGCCACAACAUCGAGCAGGAUUUAGUCCGGGAGGAGCUGAACAAACGUCAGACCCAGAAGGACCUGGAGCAUGCCAUGCUCCUGCGGCACCACGAGUCCAUGCAAGAGCUGGAAUUCCGCCAGCUCAACACCAUCCAGAGGACGCGGGCUGAGCUCAUCCGCCUCCAGCACCAGACCGAGCUUACCAACCAGCAGGAGUACAACAAGAGGCGGGAGAGGGAGCUGAGGCGCAAGCACGUUAUGGAGGUUCGCCAGCAACCCAAAAGCCUCAAGUCCAAAGAGCUACAGAUCAAGAAGCAGUUCCAGGACACUUGCAAGAUCCAGACCAGGCAGUACAAAGCGCUGAGGAAUCAUCUCCUGGAGACUACACCAAAAUCAGAGCACAAGGCUGUGCUUAAGCGCCUCAAGCAGGAGCAGCAUCGCAAACUCGCCAUCUUGGCCGAACAGUACGACCACUCCAUCAACGAGAUGCUGUCCACUCAGGCGCUUCGUCUGGACGAGACUCAAGAGUCCCAGUGCCAGGGCCUUAAAAUGCAACUUCAGCAGGAGCUGGAGCUUCUGAAUGCCUAUCAGAGCAAGAUCAAGAUGCAGAGUGAUGCGCAGCAUGACCGCGAGAGAAAAGAUCUGGAGCAGAGGGUGUCACUACGCAGAGCCCUGCUGGAACAAAAGAUCGAGGAGGAAAUGAUGUCCUUGCAGAACGAUCGCUUGGAGCGAAUUCGCAGCCUGCUGGAGCGUCAAGCACGAGAGGUGGAGGCGUUCGACUCGGAGAGUAUGCGCCUGGGCUUCAGCAACAUGGUGCUAUCGAACGUCUCCCCAGAGGCCCUUGGCAAUAGCUUUCCUGGAUCACCAGCAAAUUGGGGCGUCCAUUUUCAGCAAAACCAGCAGCACCCGUCUCCAGGGAGCUUUCACGGGUCACACUGGCGCGGCGGAAGCUUAGGUGCAGGGUCCAGCCGUCAAGCCAGCCAUCGCCACUAUCACUCCAGUCCCAGUGGGCCGCCCCCACCUCAGAGCUGGAGUCAAGGCAUGCAAGGAGGUGGGACUCCACAGCCAUGGGGCCUCCCAUCAGUGGUCUCUCACAUGUCCCGCAGCGGCGCUGGUGCACAGAACAGCCCUCAAGGCAUGGGAAGGACACCGCCCGGUGGCCACGGCGAGCAGGGUAUGAGCAGAAGUACCAGUGUCACCUCUCAGAUAUCCAAUGGGUCCCACCUGUCCUACACAUAAGUCCUGUGUCAGCGCACACAGAUGUCAAGUCCAACAAAAAAAAAAAAAACAGCAGCAAAGAAAUCUCCGCUCCAUUUUCUUCUACUGUGCGCACACAUAUGGAUGUGUAGUUGAAUCGAUGUUGCUCAGGUGAAAAGGGCUGUAAACAGGAGCAGCCCCUCUUUUGUCCCCUCUCACAGAAGCAUACAAUACAGGUUUGUUACUUUAGCAACUUGCGUGGCAACAAAAGUUUUCCUAAUACAUUUUUGUUUGUUUUUUUGA